CACCUCCCUGUUUACCUGUCUGAGUCUCUCUGCCUGCCUCUCCUGAGACAGACCAUGGCAGAAGCACAUCUGUUAAUAUCUGAGGAAGAGUUCACCUGCUCGGUGUGUCUGGACACCCUGACUGACCCCGUCUCAACACCAUGUGGUCACAGUUUCUGUCUCAAGUGCCUUAAGGGUUUUUGGGAUCACAGCCAAGUGUGCAUCUGUCCUCAGUGCCGAAGGACCUACGUACCGAGGCCUGAGCUGCAAAGAAACACUCUGCUGAAUGAAGUCAUCAAGAAACUGAAGAAGAACAGUCUUGAUUCUCCUCCCUUGUCACAGAAUUAUGUCAGACCUGGAGACGUACAAUGUGACGCCUGUACUGAGAGGAAGUUCAGAGCGGUGAAGUCAUGUCUUACCUGCAUGGCCUCCUUCUGCCAGGUUCACCUCCAGCCUCACUAUGAAGGAGCUGCCUGGAAGGACCACAAGCUGACGGACCCGGGUGGAAAUCUGAAGGAUAAGCUCUGUGCAAAACAUCAGAAAGGCUUGGAGGUGUUUUGCCAAACAAAUAAUUUGUGCAUCUGUACGAUAUGUGUGGCAACUGAACACAGGGGGCAUCAUAUUGUGGAGCUGAAGACCGCAAGGGAGGAGAAACAGAAUGAGCUGGGCAGGACCCUGAGUGAAAUCCAGAAUCGAAUUGGGGUGAGAGAGAAGAAAGUGGAGGAGACCAGGAAGGUGGUGGAACAGAUAAAGGUUUCUGCAAAGAGGGAGGUGAAGGAAAGUGAGAAGAGCUUCAUUGCCCUGAUUCGCUGCAUUGAGGAAACUUGUAAGAAAGUGACGGAGAAGAUCAACAAACAAAAGAAACAAGAAAUGAAGAAGGCUGAAGAUUUAAUGUUGUGCCUGGAGAAGGAGAUCAAGGAGCUGAAGAGCAAAGAGGCUGCGCUGAAGGAGCUGUUACAAAUGGAUGACAACAUUCACUUCCUCCAGACUUUCUCACCUUUCUGUGGCCUCCCUAAAGAAGGAGACUCUCUCAGUUACACCAUCACUGCAGAUUUCUCUUCUGAGGACCUGAGGAGGAAGCUGCCGCCUUUGAAGGAGCAUCUGGAGAAAUUGAGCCAGUGGGAGGUUGUGAGCUUCACUCCGCCAGGACGGCGAGCUCCUGUUUUCAGCCUGUAGCCUCCUACACCUCUGAGCAGAGACGCGUUUCUGCAAAGUCGUGAAGCUCCAAUUGUCGCUCCACAGGCUCCUAAAUCUCAAAGCAGAGAGAAGGUUUUACGAUGUCGUGAAGCUCCAGUUUUCCCCUUACAGCCUCCUGAACCUCAGAGGAGAGACGAGUUUUUACAAUGUGAGUUUGUGCUUUGACUGAGUGGAUCAUCAGAAUAGAAAUCAUCUCUCACUUAAUACCUCAUGGAAGGCUUAUGAUAUGAAACUGUAACAAGCAGAAGGUUCCAUGUGAGUGUGGUGUGACUGGUGAGCUGGAAGUGAUGGGGUCCUGUGACUGAUGCAUUAUGGGAUAGAGAGGAUCAGGCAGUAAAUCACCAAAGCAGUCUGUAGGACUCGACUCUCUGAAGUGUCAAAUGAA